GAAUGGAGUGCAAGGAGGAGGGAGGAGGAAGAUGAGAAGAAGAUCGAGGAACCAGAGGAUGGAUAUACACAGUGAGUAUAUGUCCGGGGGAGUUGUAUACUCGGAGUGAGUAUAUGCGCAUGGAGGGCGGCAUGGAAGAGGAGAUGAAGGAGUGAAAAGGGGGGAGGGGUGAUGGGGAAUAGCGUGUCCCGCGUGGUGGGCUGUUUUAUGCCGGUUGGGAAUGAGCAGGAGCGCGUGGGAUUGGUGUUCUCAGAGCCGCUGGAUGAGGGGCUGGGGCAUUCGUUUUGCUACGUGAGGCCCGUGAUCGAAUCCGCGCGUUACUCGCCUUCGCAAUCCGAGAGGUUUGGAAUUUUGGAGACAGAGGGCCUGGAAGGGUCUGAUCACAGCAGAUCAUUUCGGUUCUCGCAGGAGGAAAAUAAUAAUGUUAAUGCAAAUAAUCCCAAUGCUAAAAUUGGACCUGAGACGACUACAUUCAAGGCCAUAUCGGGGGCCUCCGUGAGCGCCAAUACCUCAACGCCCAGAACUGUGGCCGCCCCACAUGACCACCAGUAUAAUAACAAUACAGCUAACCAGUUUAAUAACCCAGAUAGGGCGUCUGCUUUUGAGGGCACCGCUUCGUUCAGUUCACUGCCUCUGCAGCCCGUGCCCAGGGGGUUGAACUCUACUGCCUAUUCGGGUCCAAUGUCGGGACCCCUAGUGGGCGGUCCUGUGCAGCAGGCUACUGCUGAUAAGAGCUUCAUGUCUGCCCCCUUGGAGCGUGGAGGGGGCUUCCUGUCAGGUCCGCUUGAACGAGCCUUUUUGUCCGGUCCUCUGGAAGGUAUAGAUCGUAGUCACUUCUCUGCGCCGCUGGCUUCGCACCAUGCGACCUACUUCCGGAGGCGGAGACGCUAUAUUUCAAGGGUGAUGCGGACCGUGAGCAGACCGGUGAGAAGGGCGUUUUCGAGGACCUUGUCCAAGACCGCUGUGCUGCCUUCUGUUAUGCAGAUGGUGGGGUGGCACCAGCAGGCCAAGGGGGUCUCCAACAGUGGCAACUAUGAGUCAGGUAUGUUUUUGGGCUUCCCUUCUGAUGAUAUUAGCAAUGGUAAUAAUCUGCAAUGGGCACAAGGCAAGGCUGGCGAGGAUAGAGUUCAUGUGGUCUUGUCGGAGGAACAUGGGUGGCUUUUUGUUGGGAUUUAUGAUGGCUUCAAUGGCCCUGAUGCCCCUGAGUUUCUUAUGUGUAAUCUCUAUAAGGCCAUCUUCAAUGAGCUAGAAGGUUUAUUGUGGGAUAGAAAACAUGACUGCACAAAUGCUAACGAAGGAGAAGACUGCCAAGCUGUUCAAUCUGAGCAGCAAAAUCUUCCCAGCCAACAGGAAGAGAGCCGCUGCUCUCAUGCUCAAUCCGGGCAACAAAAUCCUGACAUCCCACGAAGAGAUUUGCAUUGCUCAAUUUGCCAAUCAACAUCACAACCAAUUCCCAAUCAUCCACAAAACCCAGAAGCCACAAAAGAAGAUUGCCCUCAUUCCCAAUCAAAAGAACAAGCAGAUCAAAAUCAUUCGAAAAACCCAGGGGUCACACAAGAAGAUUGCUCGCAUUCUCAAUCCGUGCCACAAAUAAAUCCUAAUGUUCUGCAAGAAGUCACUCAAGAAGAUUGCUUGCAUUCUCAUUCGGCACUAGAAGUAAAUGCAAAUCAUCCACAAGACUCUGUGGCCACACAAGAAGACUGCCCACUUACCCAGUCGCCACAGAAAUUAAAUCCUCAUAAUCCACACAGCCCAGAAGUCACACGAGAGCACUGUCCACAAGUCCAAUUAGCAUUACAGUUAAAUGCCAAUCAUCCACAUUGCUCAGAAGCUGCAGCAGAAGACCCCCUACAUACCUUGUCUACAGUGCAACAGAAUCCUGAUGACCUAGAGAUUCAAGCUGCUGCACAAGAAUGCAGCUCAUCUGCCCAGUCUGGGCAAUGGAGUUCUGGUGAUCGACAAGAUGCUGAUGUUAAACGAGCAAAGCUAACAGUUGAAGAUAGUAUUUUCAGUAAAUCAGAGCAAGAAAAGAUAGAAAUAAAUGAUAGACGCCACCCAGCUCGUCAAAGUGAUAGUGAGAAACCACAGAGCAGUAACUGUGAAAUAGGUACUGAAUUGAGUGGAUCCAACACAAAGAUGAUUGGUAAGCAGGGGCAUCCCCGUCCUUUGACAGAGUUUAUUAAGCGCGUUACUUUUGAGUGUGAGAAGGAGGUUGGAGAACACAGGAAGGGAAGGUCCUUGCGUGAACUGCUCGCUGAAGAAGAGGAUGAUCCUUUGGACUUUUUUGUUUGGAAUAGUACUGCAAAUAGUGUAGAUAAAAGCCGUCGGAAUAAUAUACAAAGAACAGAGAACUCAACUUCAGGAAGUGUUGCACCGACUGACAGUUCAGCAGAAACCAGGGAAAGUAAUGGGGUGUCUGAUCAAAUUUCAGAUGGACGCACAAGAAGGGUUGCUUACUCUGAUUCAGAACAGAAACAGAGCAGAGGGAGGUCGUUACUGAGUUCUAAGAUAAGACAAGCCUACAGUAAACGGAAAGAAAGCCAUAGAAAAUUGUUCCCUUGGAGAUAUGAUUGGGAGAAAGAACGGAUAGAAGUAGAGAAAAAGAUUGAUGAAAGAUUAAAACAGGAUACACAACGUUGUAAGGCAGGUUCGGUAAAUCAUGUAUCUGUUUUAAAGGCUCUUUCACGUGCAUUAGAAGUUACAGAGGAAGCUUAUCUUGAAAUGACAGAUAAGUUCCUUGAUGAAAAUCCAGAACUUGCAUUGAUGGGGUCUUGUUUACUGGUAAUGUUGAUGAAGGAUCAAGAUGUAUAUGUGAUGAAUGUUGGUGACAGCCGGGCUAUUGUGGCACAACAGAGGCCAGACACAAAUUCUGGUGCCACACAGCAUUGUAGUUAUCAAAAAGGUGACAGGCAGGACAAAGUUUGUUUAAGGGAUUCACUUGUCAGGUCGGAAUUAGAAGGAAUAACAGAAGAGCCUUCUGCAGAUCCAUCAUCUGCUGAAGAAAAUAAAACAAAAAAUGGUCCGGAAGUGGAGAUGCCAGUGCCUGGAUCAAACUUGAUUGCGGUGCAGUUAUCAACAGAUCAUAGUACCAGUAUUGAAGAAGAAGUUUUAAGAAUCAAAGCAGAACAUCCUGAUGACAACCAGUCUAUUCUAAAUGACCGAGUGAAAGGACGCCUCAAAGUCACUCGUGCGUUUGGUGCAGGAUUUCUCAAACAGCCAAAGUGGAAUAAUGCGUUGCUGGAAAUGUUUCGGAAUGAUUAUAUUGGCACGGCUCCAUACAUCAGUUGCACACCUUCCCUACGUCAUCAUAGGCUUGGUGCAAAUGAUCAGUUCUUAGUAAUUUCAUCAGAUGGAUUGUAUCAAUAUUUAAGCAAUCAGGAAGUUGUUUCUCAUGUAGAGUUGUUUAUGGAGAAAUUUCCUGAUGGUGAUCCUGCACAAAGUCUUAUAGAAGAACUUCUCUUCCGGGCAGCAAAGAAAGCUGGUAUGGACUUCCAUGAAUUGUUAGAUAUUCCUCAAGGAGAUCGCCGAAAGUACCACGAUGAUGUUUCUGUCAUGGUGAUAUCACUUGAAGGAAGGAUAUGGAAGUCCUCUGGUAAGUAUAUAUGAAUCUGAUCGUUGGACUGCAAUUUUUUGUGAUUCCUGCACAUGGCGACUUGGACACUACUUAUUCAUUCCUUGUCACUAAGUUGAAUAAGUGAGGUUGGUUUGCUGUUACUGCAACUUGAAUUUGUAUGCACUCCUGCUACAACAAGAUGUGCAUCGUAGAUUUUGGCUGGAUCACUUUCUUGCAAAAUACAAAAUUACAGCUCGUUGUAAUUUAAACAUUAAUGCUAAAAUCUGUGCGGAUUUCUUACAAUAUGUAUGCCUGCAAUGGAGGCAACCUAAGAAAUGCCUCAUUCAAUGAUUGGUCAUAUAUAUGGAUUUGUAAGCUUCAUUAGGAAACGAUUCAUUUGCGUCAGGGUGGAAACUGCUCGAUAGGGAAUUACUUAGGUAUCAAAAGAAUUUACAAUCAACUUUUCUGUAGAGGGCUCAUUGGAAGUUCACAGAUCCAUUCAUGAGGCUCAGCAGUGAGCUUUACCUUUUGUACUGUUUAAGUUCGUGAAAAUAGGACAUUGUGUUGCGUUGUACAAAGAUGCUUGUGAAAAUUCAAGAGCAUGACAGGCAGCAUUUGUUAUGAGCCAAGGUUCAAUAUACCAUAAAACCUGGCUUAUCAUGCUUUCAAAUCCUUUUCUUUUUUCGGGAGUAAAAUCAACAGCUCUUUCUUGCUAGAGCUCUGGCUACAAUAAGAAAUGGAAUGACACUGCAGUUUUGUUUGAGGCCCAUACAUAAAUUUAUUUUUUCCUUUGCAUCUUAAUUUAGAUUUUUUAAA